AGCAGGAAGCGGAGCGCGGCUGGCGGAGCCGCGCGGUCCCGGUGCCCCCCCGCCGCCGCCGUGGGUCGGGCCGGGCCGGGCCAUGCGGUGCGUCCUGAUCGCCAGCACCGCGGCCGAGCUGCUCUUCUACUGGGCUGAUGCCGCCUUCCUCCGCCGGCUGCGGCCGCCCCACGGCGGGCAGGGUCCGGCGCUGGAGGACAGCCUCAACACCCUCUUCGCCCCCCUCAUCAUCUCCUGCACGGCGCUGCUGGAGAAGCUCGCCGACACCUACACUUGCUUCGCGACCGAGGGCGGGCGGCACCUCCACGUCCUGCACAUGUUUGGGGACUGCCUGUACAUCGCAGUGAACGGCGACGGGACGGAGAGCGAGGAUGACCUGCGCCGGACGCUGUUCGUGCUGCGGCGCUUGGUGGAGGUCCACUGCGGCCUCGUCACGCUCGAUUCCCACCUCAUCCGCAAGGAGUUGCGGCCGGCUGAUUCAGAGCAGCGGGAGCGUGUCUGGAGCUUGCUGCGGGGCCUGCUGGAGACCUACAGCCACCUGCGGGAGGAGGACCAGAGCUUUGCAGUGGAGGCCGUGGAACGGCUGAUCCAUCCUCAGCUGUGCGAGCAGUGCAUCGAGUUCCUGGAGCAGCAGGUGGUGCAGUACAUCAACUCCAGCCCCGAGCGCGGCGGGGAUGAGGUGUGCCAUGCCUUCCUCCUGGUGCACACCAAGCUGCUGGCCUUCUACUCCAGCCGCAACGCCAGCUCCGUCCGCCCCGCUGACCUGCUUGUCCUCAUCCUCCUGGUGCAGGACCUGUACCCCAGCCAGAGCGCCGAGGAGGAGCUUGGACCCCAGCCCACGGCAGAGAAGGUACUCCCACAGGGACCCAAGAGAAGUGAGAGCAUCCCCAUGAGCAGCCCUGGCUCCCACGGAGCUGCAGAGAAGGACUCGGAUGACCAGGAUACAGACGAUCUCUCUGUCCCUGAGGUCUACUACACUCCUGAGCCCUCUCCGGGCAGGCACAGCACGGAAUUGCCAGCAUGGAGGGGCCGGGGCUGCCUCAGAGCAGUCUGGUGUCUCCCUCUGCUGCCUCUGGGCUUUCUGGGCUGCUUCCCUGACAGAUGCCAUGGAGCCUCACACACUCUCUGCAACUGCGAGCCUCGGCGUAGGGCAUUUGCAGCCUGUGUCUUUAUGGCAGAGGACUUGCUCCAGACCUUGGGACCUCUGGUCCCUGAAGCUUCAAACCCCAGGAGGAUCUUCCUGGAUGCAAACCUGCGGGAAGGUUACUGCCCCUUGCUGCCACACACCAUGCACUGCUUACCGCUCUGGCCAGGCAUCUCCCUCAUCCUCCUGACCAAGCAGGGCCCCACAACUCAGGUGGCCAUCACCUUGUACCAGCUGCUGGAUGGUUUCUUGGUGCUGGAGAAGAAGCUGGAAGAAGGGCCAGAGGUGGGAGCCCCACGAUCUUACCCAUUCCUGUCUGAGCUGCGGCAGCGCAUGGACAAGUUUGUGAAGAAGCUGAGCGGGCAGGACAUCCAGUUGCAGAACACCUGGGUGGACUUCAAGAAUAAGAUAUUUUCCCGGACUGAGCCUGGGAGCUUCCUGGAGCUGCUGCAGGCAGUGACCAACAUGAAGCGGCAGCUCUGCUCUGUGUACCGCCAGCUCUUCCUGGCCUCCGCUGGCCACAGCCUGUCCCAGGGGCUGCGGGACCGUGCCCAGAAGCUGAUGAAGGAGAAGCUGCUGGACUGGAGGGACUUUCUGCUGGUGAAGAGCAGGCGCAAUAUCACCAUGGUGUCGUAUCUGGAGGACUUUCCUGGCCUGGUGCACUUUGUCUAUGUGGACCGCACGGCCGGGCAGAUGAUGGCACCAUCACUCAGCGUCACAGAGAAGUCCAGCUCAGAGCUGGGCAAGGGCCCCCUUGCCACCUUCAUCAAGAGGAAGGUCUGGUCCCUAAUCACCUUGGCCCGGCGGUACCUACAGAAGGGCUACACAACGCUCAUGCUGCAGGAUGGCGACUACUGCUGCUCCUACUUCCUCUGGUUUGAGAAUGAGCUGGGCUACAAGCUGGAGGUGAUGGAGAUGCCAGUUCUCUCUGAUGAUUCUGCUCCCAUUGGGAUGCUGGCAGGAGAUUACUACAGGAAGCUGCUGCGUUACUACAGCAAGAACCACCAGGCAGAGGUGGUGAAGUGCUAUGAGCUGCUGACUGUGCACCUGGGCAUCAUCCCCUCCGAGCUCGUGGUCCAGCAGGCCUGUGACUUGGCCCGGCGCCUCUGGGAACCCUCCCGCAUCCCUCUGCUCUGAGCUGCCUCCAGCCACCUCGGGGCUGGGAUUAAAGCGGGGCUGUGGGUGUUCCCGGCACAUGG